UUUUAUUUUUCUUUUUGUCUAAUUUUAUUUUAAUUUUUCUUUCCUCUUACAAUUAAGAUUCUUAUGUUAAGAAAAUCAACUUCAAAAAGACGAAAUAACUCAGUUAAACCGUUUGAAUCCACAACAAAGAAUGCUGGAAGUAAAGAAAGAGCAGCAUUAGCCGCUGUCUUUGGUGUAGAAGAAUACACAGAAGAGUCAAAAAUAGUUUGGCAAGACAAAGAGAGUGACACAUCAGAGAUGAUUGUACCUUCUGGCUUAAAACAAGUAUUACUAAGAGAUGAUGUUUCUAGCAUUAUGAAUCGAAAAUCAUUCUCCUUUAUGCCUGCUAACGAUAGUUUUACUAAUACUAAUAAAGCAAGUCAGGAACAACUAUUAACUACUCCUGCAGACUUGUCAAAUUACUCUUUAACCAUAUUUGAUCAAAUUGAAUCUGAUGAAAAUACUCGACUCAUCUUAUGGAGUUCUAACACUACUGACCAGCAACAAACAGAGGGCCCCGAUAUAAAUUGUCGCUCCUCAACUUUAAUUAAAAAGAAAUUAAGAUGGUCUGCUCAUCACAUUCUUCCUAGUAGUUUCAAGUCUAAAAUUAAAUAUCUUUCUCCUCUUUCAAUACAAAAUACUGAGAAAAAUAACAAUCGUAUAAUUGAAGCUGCCACAAUUGAAAAACUGAUUGAAAAAUUAACAAUUGUACUAGAUUACACUUUCAUGACUGACUUUUUUUUAAUUUAUCGAGUUUUCAUGACAUCUCUUCAACUCUGUAAAUUUUUAAUAUUACGCUUCAAAUGGAGUCUAGUCAAUAAUGAAGAAAAACGACGCAUUGUUAGAAUAAGAACUUUUGUUGUAUUGAGACAUUGGCUAUUAAACUAUUUUAUGCAUGACUUUGUACCAAAUGAAGAAUUAGUCAUGGCUUUUACAGAGUUUUUAAACGAAAUGUCUUUUCAUUCUACUAUCAAACACUCUUCAAGAGAUAAACAAAUCAUUAAAGAAUUAAAGCGAAUCUUUUGUCGUUUAAAAAAGAAUGAUUGUAUUUCAUCUCAACAUGUUGAUAUUCUUUCCUUUUCUUUGAAAGAACAGACAGAAUUACAAGAGGAUAGACAGAUUCACGAUAAUUCGAUAGAUCAAUAUCAAUUCAAUGCCGUACAGCAUAUUAAAAAGGAGAUUUAUCCUAUUGUCGCUGAUUCAAUAAAGUAUGAAACUAGACAUUCUAUUUCAGAUACCUCUCUUCUUAGUUGGGCUUCAUCAAAUGAUGAGAAUCGUCUAUUACCUCCCCUCUUUAGUAGUAAUGAUAAAAUAAGUUGCGAACAAGAGCAAAAUCAUCUAGCAUUUCUUCAAAUUAAGAGUGAUGAGUUAACUACAAAGUUGAAUCAAUUACAAUAUGAGCAAAAUGAUGAAGAACCUAUUGUAAACACUGACUUUGGAAGCUAUCCUAAAGCGAACAUCGACCCACUUAAUCCUCCUCCAUCAUUUCACCUAUCCUCCUUUGUUCAUCAUUAUCGGCCACAUUCCUUUUAUAAUGCUCAACUCGCUAUUCCAUCUGGUCUCUCUACACCUGAUAACACUCACCUUACCACCUCAAAUCAUUAUUUUGAAGAAUGUUGUCCAUCUUCAUAUAAUAAAACAAUGACAUCAACUCACAUGUCCAAUUCUUUGCAGUCCUCAGGUUUGAAUGUGUUGAAAGCCAAGAGUGAUAUCAUUACGGUGAAUACAAACAAUGUAAGAAUAGAGAAAAACUUGAAUCAAACAACUUUCACCUACAACUCACAAAAAGAGGAUAUGAUGGUUCACAAAAGGAAAAGUAAGACACUUCACCUUUCAGACAUGGAUCCAAAAAUAAAACCAUUACCACCUCUCAUAUCAAGUCAAAAUCAACUACAACAAGAUGUUAAAAAGUUAUUUAUCUCGUAUUCAAGGUUAAGACAAUUUCCAAGUCAACCCUCAUCACCGCGACGAUUUUCUUUGCCACAAAAAAUAAAAGAGCGUACAACAAUACCAAAAUCACGUAUGCUAGAGAUUGAUUUGGAUCCUCAGCCUACAGAUAGCUUAUCCGUCGUACUCAAAUAUUCAACAUCAUUACUAGUAGAACAGCUUUGUUUAAUUGAGAAAAAUAUUUUACUUGCUAUAAACUGGGAAGAAUUAGUGGAUUGUCAAUGGACAAAGAUGGCAUCAUCUACUACAUUUCAUACUCAUAACGAUGAUGAAAUGAAUAAUGAUACUCAAACAGAAAUACAACAAGAUCAUGAAGAAAGAGGCAUAGAAAAGGCAAUCAAUCGUUUUAAUGCUGUAUGCCAAUGGGUAUCUAGUGAAAUUGUACAAGCGCGAUAUCUAACCCAGCGUGUCAAGUUAAUUGAAAAGUUUAUUCGUUUAGCAAAAAAAUGUAAACUCUAUUGUAAUUUUGCUUCUUUAAUUCAAAUCUUACUUGGCUUACAAUCUCCUUCUGUCUCAAGGUUAGAAAAAACUUGGUCUUUAGUCAAUAAAUUUCAUAUGAAAACUCUACAAGAUCUCUCCCAGUUUACAUCCCCUAUCAAAAACUGGAAACAUUUACGUGAUACAAUGACUCAUGUAACAGAAGAUGAAAUCAUUCGUUUGCCCUUUGGUGGCUGUAUACCCUUUUUAGGCAUCUAUUUAUCGGACCUCAUCUUUAAUGCAGAGCUUCCUUCUUAUCUCUAUCAUGAAAAGGGAGGAUACAAUAGUGUCUUUUCACAACCUCUUGUCCAUUUUCGAAAACAUAGGAUUACAGCUACAAUUAUCAAACGCGUCCUGGUUUUCCAGAAUUUAGCAAAUAAGUAUUAUUUUGAAGAAUCCAGUGAGAUGGAACUCUGGGAGACUUGUUUAAAAGUUCCAUCAUUGGAUAGAGAUAUAAUCCAAAAUAUGAGCUAUGAGAUUGAGCCACUUAAUACCUAAAAAUGAUCAAGUAAAUAAAAUAAAAUAAAAAUAAAAUUAUUACGUAAUAAAUUAU